UUUGUGGCUUCCUACUCCAGAUUUGAAGGCAAUGAGAGCGAUGCCGUCAUUUCCCUCAGGCGCCGAGCAUUUGACGAGGGCAGAUUGCCGUUCUUACUAACUUCCGCCACUCAUUUGGACAUUCAAUUCCACAAUGAUGUGUACGCCAAGUACACAGGCACACUGGACCCCUCUGAUGGCCAGAUCAACAUAGAUGUCAUUCAUCCAGCCACAGACAGACACAUCAGCAAGUUCACAGCGCAGCAGUACUGUUCGGUGACAGAGACCCCCAGCUCAUAUACUAUGGUCACACUCCCUUACAUUGAGUCCAUACCGCCGUCGCGCAUACAGUGGGUCUACAAUAUUCUGGAGAAGAAGGCUGAGGUGGAAAGGCUGAUCUUUGAGGACAGGCAUCCGGAGACUGGCUUUGUUGUCCACCCCGACAUGAAAUGGGACCAGACACAAUUGCAUGCUCUCUACUGCGUAUCAAUCGUGCACAGGCGGGACAUCCGGUCAUUGAGGGAUCUGCGGUCAGAGCACCUGCCUCUCUUGCGGAACAUCCUGAGAAAGGGCACUCAGGCGAGCAUCCCAAACUCCUGCUGCAGACAAAAUUGCCUGGCAGCUUUGCGAGUGUACAUCCAUUAUCAGCCCAGCUACUAUCAUCUGCAUGUCCAUUUCUUGCACGUCAAAUUUGAUGCUGGCGCUGGCAUGGCAGCCGGCAAGGCCCAUCUACUGAAUGACAUCAUCGACAACAUCGUGCUCAUGUCAGACUACUAUGCAAAGAGGACGCUGACCUUCAUCCUUGGGGAGAGGGAUCCUCUGCUGCAAGCCUUCCGCAAGCGCAAAGCUUCUGACAGCCUUGAGGAUGCAGCCUGA